GGACCAUGGCUUUCCAGCAUCGCCCUCCUCAGCAGCGCUCCUCUCCGCUCUGUCCGCGUCAAAGGAACCCGAGAAGAGCGCACUGAACUCCGGCGUCACGUCUUUCACCCACGUCCACUAUCGAACAUUUUCUGGGAUUUUAAGUGCGUGGACAUCAACCCACCCGCAUGACAAUGGAUGUGCCAACUUUGCUGCCGUGGGCUCUCGCGCUGCUCUUUGUCGGAGGAGACAGAUUUAGUAGGGCCAUGCUGAGUGACAUCGGGGACUAUGUAGGUACUGACAUAGAAAUCUCCUGGUUACCAAACCUGGACGAUUUAAUGAAGGGCUAUGCCAGAAACUUCCGCCCUGGGAUAGGAGGUCCUCCGGUCAACGUGGCCAUGGCCAUCGAAGUGGCCAGCAUCGACCACAUCUCUGAGGCCAACAUGGAGUACACCAUGACCGUGUUCCUGCGUCAGAGCUGGCAUGACGACCGACUGUCCUACAACCACACCAACAAGACACUGGGUCUGGACAGUCGCUUUGUGGACAAGCUGUGGCUCCCAGACACCUUCAUCGUCAAUGCCAAGUCUGCCUGGUUCCACGACGUCACCGUGGAGAACAAGCUGAUCCGCCUGCAACCUAAUGGAGUUAUCCUCUACAGCAGCAGGAUCACUUCCACGGUGGCGUGCGACAUGGACCUGACCAAGUACCCCAUGGAUGAGCAGGAGUGUAUGCUAGACCUAGAAAGCUACGGUUACUCCUCUGAGGACAUCGUUUACCACUGGUCAGAGAGUCAGAUGCACAUCCAUGGCCUGGACAAACUGGAGCUGUCCCAGUUCACCAUCACAGACUACCGCUUCGUCACCGAGACGAUGAACUCCAAAUCCGCGGGCCGCUUCCCCAGGCUCAGUCUGCGUUUUCAGCUGAGGAGGAACCGUGGCGUGUACAUCAUCCAGUCCUACAUGCCCUCCAUCCUGCUGGUCGCCAUGUCCUGGGUCUCCUUCUGGAUCAGCCAAUCAGCUGUUCCCGCUCGGGUGUCCCUAGGCAUCACCACAGUGCUGACCAUGACCACCCUGAUGGUGAGUGCCCGCUCCUCCCUGCCCCGAGCCUCGGCCAUCAAAGCUCUGGACGUGUACUUCUGGAUCUGUUACGUGUUUGUGUUCGCCGCGCUCAUCGAGUACGCUUUCGCCCACUACAACGCAGACUAUAGGCUCAAGGAGAAGGCCAAGGUCAAGGCCAAACAGCUGGGCUCUGAGACGGUGGUGAAGAACGGGAAGCAGGCCAUGGUUCUUUUCUCCCUGUCGGUGACGGGCAUGAACCAGGGCGUGGUCAUCUCCAACCGUCAGAGAACCCAGCGCCCCAGUGGACAGAUCCCGGGAGAGGGCCCCCCCGAGCAGCCCGAGGAGCGGAGGAGGUCGCCCCAGCCCGAGGACACCCAGCCUGACCGGAAGUGCUGCUCCAAGUGCGCGUGCAAGCCCAUCGACGCUGACACCAUCGACAUCUACGCCCGCGCGGUCUUCCCCUUCACCUUCGCCCUGGUCAACGUCAUCUACUGGGUGGCCUACACCAUGUGA